GAGGGUAGGUGAGGCCGCGGACCGAUCGAGGCGGGCGAGCGAUGCCGCGAUCGCGGUACGUCGAGUACGCGUACCGGCGGCCAGGCCUGGCGUUGCUGUUGCUGCUGCCGGUCGGCCUGCUGGCGAGCCUCUACGUGGCGUCGUUCGGCGAGGACUACGCGUUCGAGCCGCGACACCCGGGCCCGUCCAGGUGGUACAACGUCGCGGAAGAAACGAUGGACGGCUACCUGGUGUGGAACCCGCGGUGCCAGAUGCCCUCGAAGGAGCCGCUCGACCCGGCGGUUCGGCCGUACGUGAGGAAGGAGAAGUUUGAGAGCUGCUCGACCGACCGGCCGAUCACGGGGCUGGCGCGCGAGGAGAACGGCACCGUCGUCCUCUUCGUCGACACCGCGGCGACGGCGUUCCGAGCGGGCGCGCGGUGCUGCUGGUCGGCCGUGCUCCGAGCCGCCAACGAGUCGUCGCCGCGGCACGCGCCGUCGGCACGCGCGCCGCGCUCCUCGCCGAGCGACGGUCAGAGCGCGGACGGCAAGAGGAACGGCAAGCGGAGCGCGGUCGACUCGUCGAUUGUGGUGAAACGGUGCGAGCGUUUCGAGGGGAACACCACGCUGCCCGACGGCAUCGAGGCGGCCAUGGUCUCCUGCAGCCUGCAGCCCUCCGGCAAGCCCUUCUAUCGGAACGUGCACGCGGUCCUCGGCCUCGACAAGGUGCGCUCGCGCUUCCGUCGCAACGACACCGUUGCCGGUCCCCUGACGAGGAAGCUGAGCGUGCUGAUGAUCGGCAUCGACAGCGUCAGCAGGCUCAACUUCCUGCGCAGCGCGCCCAUCACCGACAAGUACCUGCGCGACACCGGCUGGGUCCGAUUCAACGGCUACAACAAGAUGGCGGACAACACGUUCCCGAACCUGAUGGCCAUCCUGACCGGCCAGAGCCUCGCGCAGUCCUACUCGAGGUGCAAGCCGACCGUCCCGUACGGCCUCGACCGGUGCCCGUUCCUCUGGCGGAACUUCCGCGACGCGGGCUACGCGACCGCCUACGGGGAGGACGAGACCGGUCUGAACACCUUCAAUUACAUGAAGGUCGGCUUCGUGGAGCCCCCGACCGACUACUACCUUCGGCCGUACAUGCUCGCCUGCGAGAAACUGCUCAAAGUGAGAAAGAGAUUCGGCCUAAAAUACUGCACCGGACCCGAGACCAGCUUCGACAGGAUCCUCGACUACGCGCUCGAAUUCGCUCGGACGUUCCUCGGCCUGCCGUUCUUCGGCUUCUUCUGGACGUCGAGCGUCAGCCACGAAAACGCGAACGGCCUCUCCUCGAUGGACGCGCGGCUGCACGGCAAACUCCGGUACCUGGAGCGCGAGGGCGUGCUGAACGACACGAUGGUCGUGUUCCUGAGCGACCACGGGAUGCGCUGGGGCCCGAUCAGGAACACCUUCGUCGGCUGGUACGAGGAGAGGCUGCCCUUCCUCUACCUCUGGCUGCCGGAGUGGUUCCGGCUCGAGAGGCCGGACGCGUACUCCUCGCUGCGCGGCAACCGGCAUCGCCUCGUCUCGCCGUUCGACCUCUACCAGACGCUCAGGGAGGUGCUCGCCCUGUCCGGCGGUGAGGCGAGCCCGUCGCCGGCGUGCCCCGACUGCCGCAGCCUGCUCGGCCCGGUGCCGCGUCGGAGGGGCUGCGCCGACGUCGGGAUCUCCUCUCACUGGUGCGCCUGCACCGCGUUCUCCCCCGCCGAUCCGCGCGACCCGAUCGUCGAGAAGGGCGCGCGGGCCUUUCUCGAGCACGCGAACGCGCGCGCCGCGUCCUACAAGGACGACAAGGGCAGGCGGCUGUGCGCGAAGCUCCGGCUGAAGAAGGUCCACCGGGUGGAUCGCGUGACCGACUCCGCGGAUUCGAGCGGCCUCGCUUACUUCUAUCUGAUCCAGCUGCUGCCCGGCGACGGGAAGUUCGAGGUCACCGUGCGAUACCACGAGAACGCCAGCUACACCGUGUCCGACCACGAGGUCAGCAGAAUCAGCUCGUACGCGCUGUCCGCGAAAUGCCUGGACCGCGGGCUCAAGCUUUAUUGCCACUGUAUCCAGUAGAACCGAUCCGACGCGGUCGUCCGAGCUGCGCCGUGUGUUUCGCGGAGUUCUCUCGGGCUCGUGAACGAUUCCGGUCUCGAUCUCGAUUCGCCCGUACGCGUACCAAAGUGCCAAAUUCGAUCGACGCGCCCCUGUCGCCCUGCGAACCGGUCAAGCGCGUCCAACUCGCGGACGAGAAUCGAACCGAGCAUCGAGACUCACCCCGUCCACCCUCAACGCAACUGUCAAACAUAUCGAAACGUGACGUUCGCGUGAACGAAUUCAACGGUGCGGACGCAUCUUUAUCUAUCCUUAGAGAUAUACAGGCUGGCUCUGAAGUGUGCCGCGCGAAUGACAGAGCGUGUACGAUACGUCAGACUGGCAAUGAGUGAAGAUAUACUCGGUGCACAGAGGUUCUCGAUAGUUUCCGAAGUGAACGGUUUUGUUUCAAGAAAUACACAAAUUCGGAACACCGGAUUAUUAUUACCCAAUCGGCAACUUCCGAUCGUUGAUAUCUCGAUAACGAUUUACGAAAAACUUCAUUUCUAUGGUUAAACGGAGUCUCAACGUGGGCUUCGAAAAUAUGGAGAAACUAUAGGGUUCUAUUUAAGAAUGAUCACGUGAUCUCUGCUGGACAUUUCAAGGUCAUUUCAAGGUCACGGUUAAAUAUCUCCCACCGUGAUACGUAGCAUCAUUUCGUACCCUGUAACUAUUGUUCGACAGGUUUGUUCGUCAAUGACAGUUUUCGAGGAAAAUUGAUGUUCUUGAUUCGGUGGUGAUACUUUUCUAGCUAACUCGAUGAUCUCGAUUCGCUGCCCAUUGUUUUCAAACAGAAUUUCUAUCCUCGCCUCGCAAACCAUCGACUUUCGAACGGACGUUCACCGACGUCCAUUUCGCUCGUCAGUUCGGCGAGUCGUACACGCCGUACCAUCAGCGCGGUGCAUUCCCGAGACACCCUUGUACAUAUAUUUACACGUCGCACGCGUGUCGGGAGACCGGCCCGCGAAUCCGCGACAGAAUAGGUACGUAGACGAGACUCGUGCGUGGGUGCGCGCGCGAGAAUAUAUUUUAUUACGUCUUUAAUCGUUCUGAACCUGCAACGAUGGCGCGCAACGACAAAGGAAGUAACGUGGACAGAGAAAAUGUAUGGGAUAGUUUAUGGAAGCGCGUCGCCGCCGCGCCCCGACGCGACGCGACGCGCGUACAACAAAUAAAACAUGUUUUGCAA